AUGAGACCCCUUCCUGUCUGCAGGUCUCCAGAGAUGUGGCAUCAGAGCUUUGGACUUUUAGGAAAAAGCGACAUCAAUGAACCAGGAUCCUUUUUGUUGGGAAAGGAGUUCUACGUACCCCUGUGCUCACUGCCCCUCUCUAGUGCUGUGGUGGAUGCUGCCAUCCAGGACUACGUAGCUGACGUGGUCUCUGAACUGAUCUACCAUAACGAGAGUCUGAGAUCCUCAGAAGUUACUUUUGUCUUCCCCCUGGGCCCCCAUAUGGCCAUUUAUUCCUUCCAGGCCUGCAGUGAGGAUGCCAAGGUCAAGGCUGUGCUGCAGGAUGAGGCCCAGCAGCUGCACAAGUUUGCAGUGGAGAAGGAGAAUUUUCAUUACCUUCAGUAUGGGAUUGAGGAAUCAGGCGAGGUGUUUGCCUGCUUCCUGGGUUCCCUGUCCCCUGGCAAGGAAAUGGCUGUGACCCUACACUAUGUCCAAGAGCUGUCACGGAAGCCAGAUGGAGCAGCCCAGUUUGUGCUGCCAUCCACAAUGCAUCCUCGCAAGACUCACUACACCUGCAAUUGUCGCACUGACAAGCUGCAUUACAGCCUCCUGCUCACUGUCAGCCUGCAGUCACCCAGUGUUGUGGCUGAUGUCCAGGCCAACUGUGCCCUCACUCCUUUGAUCUACACUGCCCAGGACCACAGUGCUGCACAGGUCUCACUGGCUGGCACUCCCCCAAAUCACCAAUUGGAGCUGCUGGUGUAUUACAGAGAACCUACUGCAGUCAGUGCUGUGGUGGAGAAAGGAAACCCUGCAGCCACUGCAGGCUCUCUGUUUGGUGAUUCCCUGGUGUUGGUGACACUGGCACCCAACAUCCCUGAUGCAAAACCUGGCCAGUGCCAGUCUGGAGAGUUCAUCUUUGUUUUGGACAGCACUUCCCUUGAGCACAUACAGGACCCCUUGCGCUUCCUUCUCAAAAGCCUGCCCCUGGACUGCUACUUCAACAUUUACUGCUAUGGAGCAACAUCUGUGCGCAUCUACCCGCAGAGUGUUGAAUACACCCAGGACAACCUGAAUGAAGCAAUGCAACUCAUUCCCACAAUUGGCUCCAGACUGGAUGACACAGACCUGCUGGGAACUCUCCGCACAAUCUACAACUCUCCCUGCCCCUGAGGACAUGCAUGCCAGCUCUUCAUGUUCAUGUCUGGGCUACCACCUGACAAGGAAGCCAUUGCUGCUGAGGUCUGCCAUCAUCGCAACAGCCACCGGUGUUUCUCCUUGUGUUUUUCCACGGACAGUGCUACCCUGGCCACAGCUCUUGCCAGGGAGACAAAGGGUGAAGCUGUCUAUGUUUCUUCUGACAAUGCGACAGUUCAGGUGCUGAAAUGCUUGAAGCAGGCCCUCAAGCUAGUAGCUGAGGGAGUCUCUCUGGACUGGACUUUGCCCUCUGGCCUGGAGGUUGAGGUGCUGGGAGGCACCCCUCAGUUCAUCUUUCAGAGUCAGCACAUCUUCCUCUAUGCACAGAUCCAUGGAAAGGAACAAAAUAUGAAGGAGGCCAGUGGUGUCAUGACCUUGCAGUUCAACCUGAAUGGCCAGGUCGUCACUCACAAGAUCCAGUUCCCACUAUGCCCACAGGGAGAUGGCCAGAUGGCUGGUCAUCGUCUGGCCGCAAGAUAUUUGCUGGAGAAGCUGUUGCCAGAGGUUGCGAGCGGAUCAGGGGAUGAACCAGUGCAGCGUGCCAUCGAAAUCAGUCUCACAUCUGGGAUCAUCUGCCCCUUAACCAGCUAUGUGGGUGUUCGUACAUCACGGAGGGCCCCCUGGUACCAUGGGCCCCUGGCACUGCUGCCACCUCGCCAGUCAUUCGUUCCCUGCAAGAUCCUUUUGCUUCAUGGUUCCCUCACUGGCACUUCCUGCUUUCCUAAGACCAUACGGUACCCACCUAGCUGGCACACUGCACUGCAGGAGUCAUGGAUUGCCAUCAAGCAACUCACCAAUGGCAUUGCUAACUUAUUCCAGCUUGGGGCUCACAAAGUAGCACCUAAACAGAUGCCACCAUCAACUUCCUCUCUCAAGUAUGUGGAUUCAACAAGAUUUGUUUUGUGCUCUACAAUUUCUGGGCCGUGGAUGAGUGAUGCCAUUGCUGAGUGCAGAGAGCUGGUGGCACUGCAGAAUGUGGAUGGCUCCUGGACCCUCAGCUCAGAUUUAGCUUCUGUGCUACAGGUUGAUGAGGCUGAAAUCAAGGGAAAGAUGCCUGGUGAGGUCAUGGAGCCUAGUUUCCGGGCGACAGUGCUGGCUGUGACCUGGCUGCAGAAACACAGCAGGCAUUGCCACGAGAUGUAUGACUUGCUGGAGGCAAAGGCUGUAACCUGGCUGUGCAACCGAGCUGUGUCUCAGCUGGACAAGUGCCUGGAGGCAAGUAACACCCUCCUUGGGAUCAGUGUAAAUCCAAGCAUCUUUAGGCAAUGAGCUCAAUAUCAGCAUACAGGACAUCAGCACCUGUGGAAAAUAAUAGGACCACAAAGCAUAGCUUAAAUUUACCUGCCAUGCUGUAACCUCACUGCUGCUACCAGCUAGGAUAAGAGAUGAAUUCUCAUUAUUUGUGAGAUGUCUCCUACUGGCUGGGCUGCAUCUGCAUCAUGCUGAGCACAACAGAAAACAUAGUUCACAACCUCCACCAUGCUUCUUUUAGCUGGAGGUGGGAGUGGAAGGGAAGCAUAACUUUCUUCAUGGAGUGAUGGCCCUUUCCAAAUCCAGCUUUGGCAAAAUGGGCUACUGGCCUGCUCACAGAUGGCUUCUCUCUUGAUACAGGACUGCCAUGCACACUAGAAAAGAUGAAUGUUUAGAGGUGUUGACAAAAGGCAUAGUAACCAUAGCUCCCACUGAGAAUGUGCUACACCACACUUCCUGCCAUCCAUGUUGGCAAAGUGUCUGAUUCAUCUUCCAAUAAACAGUGAAUUUUCUGCAAGCUACAACAUGUGACAAAGCCUUGAUCUUAGCUGUAGCAGCAUCUGCCCAGGCUGAUGGUUGAUAGCUGACUUAUUCUAGCUACAGCAGGAAAGUUACUGGUUUGUUAAUGAUCUACCUUCACAGCUUUAAUGUUUUCA